GGAGACUUUUUAUGAAAUUUACUCAAAUAAAAAAAAGUCAUGCAUAUUUGGAGAGGAAUGAAUAGACAUGACCUAAUUUCUCCGUUCACCACCUUCUCCCUCAUUUCUCUCACUCAGACACUCUCUCUUAGUUGAAAAGCCGAGAGACAAAAGAAAGCGCAGAAAGCCUCGAGGAAACGGUUAGAGAUAAACCCCAGAGGAAUCUCGAUCAGAUCAGCACCGUCCAUCAUCAGUGGUGCAGGGGUUGCUAAGAGAAAGCUCAUAAAGACUGAGCACUCCAAGGUUUACUCAGGCAUGGAGACAGAAACUCAAGCAAACGAAGUACAUGUCGUUAAAAAUGUGGAUGAAAUAAAUAAUAAUCAUACUAAGGUACAGAAUGGGAAGUUACACCCAGACGAAAAAAAAGGAAAAGAAGAAGAAAUGACAGUUUUUGAUGGGGAACUCAUACCAGUAGCAGCAGAGGAUGAGGAAACUGUUGGCUUUCAAGUCGCUGUUGGAAAGAACAGAGAAUUUCUAGAAACACAAGAAAAGGUUAAAGAUCUUGAGAUGGAACUGGAAAAAGUCUCUGGACGUUUAAAGGAAUCCGAAUCUCAGAACACAAUGUUGAAAGAGGAAGUCCUUGUCACAAAGGAGAGUUGUGAAGAGGUAGAGCUCAACCAGAAGCAGUUGCAGGAACAGAUUGCAGAUGCAGAAGUGAGAUGUGCCUCCCUACUUGCUGCUAAAGGAGAAUUUGAAGCUAAAGUGAAAACCCACGAGUCUGAGCUUGCAUUGAUGCAUGAAAAAUUCUCAAAGAUAUGUGAAGAAAAAAACAUCCUCAAUGCCCGGAUAGCUCAAGUGGAAUACGACUAUAUCAAGCAAGAAAUGCGUAAUUCAGAACUAGAAGAAGAGCUUAGGACAUACCAUGACAAAGCAUCACGCUUUGAAACUGCAUUGGAAGCAGCAGUGGAAAAGGAGAAGGAAUUGAGCGAAUGCUUGAGAAACUCAACUCUAAGGUUAGCUGAGUCGGAUGUUUUGGUUGAAGGGUUGCGCAAUGAACUGAAUGAUACUCUGCAGAAACUUGAGAGAGUGGAAAGUGAUCUUACGGCUGAUGUGAUGAAGCUAAGUUUAGUCUGUGAUGAAAAGGAAGCUACGGUUCAACAGCUUGCAUCUCGCAUUUCCGAAACAGAUUUGAGGGUGGAAGAAGCUUUUCAGAAACUCUCCCGAAAAGAAUUAGAAGCUGAGGACUUAUCUGAAAAGCUCUGCACUCUUCGGGAUUUGGUGAAAAGAUACGAAGAACAAGCUCUUGAAGCUUCUUCCCUUUCUGAAAGCCAAAAACUGGAACUCGAACGGACUAUUACCAGUUGGAGAGACCAAGAAAGAAUCACUGAAGAAAUGAGAAUUAGAUGUGAUACACUUGAAGAGGAAAGAAAGAGCCUACUUGCCGAAAAAUUGGAUCUUUCAGGAAAAGUUUCCAGUUAUGAGCUGAAACUAACUGAUUUAGAAACCAAAUCAUUAACUGCUAUCUCUGAUAAGAGUGAAGAAGUUGAAGGGAUGAAGAGAGUGAUUGAAGACUUGUCAAAGGAGCUAACUUCAGAGAGGGAAAAUAUACAAAUGCAGCGAUCUUCAGCUUUGGAGGAAAACAAAUCACUCCGUGAGACGUAUAAAGAAUUUGAGAAUGAGCUUCUGGGUAGAAUAGCUGAUCUUGAAGAACAACUAAAAGACCAUGAAUCAAGCAAGGGCGAAUUACAGUCCCAAGUAGAGAUCCUCACUGCCGACCUCUCUUUGAAAUCCGAGCUGCAGAAUUUUGUGAAGGAGCUUGAAGAACAACUAGCAAAAAGCAAGGCUCAAAUCCAAAAAGAGAAAGAAUCAGAAUCUCAAAUGGAGAUGGACAGAGAAGCUGCUUAUAAGGAGCUACAAAUUAAGAGCAAUGCUGUAGAAGUUCUUGAAAGCAAAGUGAAAGAACUUGAACAGAAAUUGCAAUUGGAAGAAGCUCAGUUUAAAGACAAGCUAUCUUCAGCUUUGGAGGAAAACAAGGCACUCCUUGAGACGUAUAAAGAUUCUGAUAAUGAGCUACGGGGUCGAAUAGCUGAUCUUGAAGAACAACUAAAAGACCAUAAGUCAAGCAAAGACGAUCUACAGUCACAAAUAAAGAUCCUCACCGCCGACGUCUCUGAGAAAUCAGAGCUUCAGAAUCUUGUGAAGGAGCUUGAAGAACAACUAGCAAAUAGCAAGGCUCAAGUUCAAGAAGAGCUGAAAGAAACAAUAUCUCAAAAGGAGAUGGAACGAGAAGCUGCUUUUGAGGAGCUGCAACUUAUGAAAAGUGCAGCAGAAGUUCUUGAAAGCAAAGUGAAAAAACUGGAACAGAAAUUGCAAUUGGAGGAAGCUCAAUCUAAAGAAAAGGAUCAUCAGCUAGAGGUGAAAUUGAGGGACUUUGGAUCGGUGGCUUCCCCCGGAGCAAAUGAGAAGAGUAGCAUGAAGUCUUCUGGUCAAGAAGUAUUGUCAGAUUCACAAAUUCAAGCUGGUGCCGUAAAUGACGUUAUUGCCCCCUAUCCUGUGAAGGCACUGAAACACAUUUUUGGUGUGGCAUUGGUUUCGGUAAUCACAGGCGUUUUUCUUGGAAAGAGGUACUAGCAUACGCAAAUCCGAUGAUAACAUUCUUGCCAUAUUUCUUCUUAAGAAUGUUCAUUUUUUUAAAUGUUUCUGCUUUUCAUACUUCUUCUAAAGUAUGUUGUGUUGAGUAUGACAGUGGCUCAUUUUCCCCAACAAGUCACGUAUCCAAAUCAUUGUUUUGGUAGAACCUUAAAAUGGAAACUUCUCCGAAUUGAGGUUCUUCAACAAUCUUUUUAGGAAUAGAUGAUCCAUACAAACAACAAAUCAAACAUUUGCAAAUAC